AGCUGCGUCUAUAGGAUCUGCUUCUGACGAAGCUGGACCAAGAAUAAAAACAGAAAASUCAACAAAGAAUUGUCUCAGUUUUAUUUGACUAGAGCGGAUAUACAUUACAAUAUGUCCCCACCCUUACCCAUGUAUUUAGGGUCUACAUUGUAGUUGGUAUUAACUAGCUUAUAAAUGACGUUAGCAUAUUUUACCUAGCUAUAAGACGGAGGUAGCGCUGCUAUAACCAAAACGAGCAUUCUCCCCGGAAGUGGGUGGUGCAUGCCAAUAGUUUUAUGCUAACGUUAGUUACUUAGCUAUAUAGUAGCAGCAACAGCUGGUUGCUAGUUGAUUUUCUUGCCAAGCAAAUUGAAAACUGGCCAUUACGAUACCGGUAAUGGUUCGAUAUGACAAACCGCAACAUUCUGGGUAACAUUAGCUAGCUAGGUAACGUUAAACACAAAACGUUUGAAGGGCUUAGUUUUGGUGUUUCCUGUGCCCUAUGAUCUAAAUCAGAUUUGCUGUCUGGAAAUAGGGGGCUGAAGGAGGAUGGCGGUGUGGAUCCAGGCCCAGCAGUUGCAGGGGGAUGCGCUGCACCAGAUGCAGUCUCUCUACGGACAGCACUUCCCCAUAGAGGUGCGCCACUACCUGGCCCAGUGGAUCGAGGGGCAGCUCUGGGAUUCUGUGGAGCUGGAGAACCCCCAGGAUGAGCUGAAGGCCAAGCGUCUGCUGGACAGCCUGGUGCAGGAGCUGCAGAGGAAGGCCGAGCACCAAGUGGGGGAGGACGGCUUCCUGCUCAAGAUCAAACUGGGACACUACGCCAGCCAGCUCAAGAGCACGUAUGACCGCUGUCCUCUUGAGCUGGUGCGCUGCAUCAAGCACAUCCUUCACUCGGAGCAGAGGCUGGUGCAGGAGGCCACCAACGCCGUCGGGAGCGGCGGUGGGGGCGGGACCAUGGACAGCCUGUCCCAGAGGCACCAGCAGAUCAACCAGACGUUCGAGGAGCUGCGCGUGUCCACGCAGGAGACUGAGAACGAGCUGCGCAAGCUGCAGCACAACCAGGAGUAUUUCAUCAUCCAGUACCAGGAGAACCUACGCAUCCAGGCCCAGUUGAGCAGUCUGUCGGCCGUGCCAGCAGAAGAGCGAACCCAGAGGGAGACCACCCUGCAGGCCAAGAGAGCCACCGUGGAGGCUUGGCUCACCAGGGAGGCCAACACACUGCAGAAAUACAGACUGGACCUGGCGGAGAAGCACCAGAAGACUCUGGGCCAGCUGAGGAAGCAGCAGACGCUGAUCCUGGAUGAGGAGCUGAUCCAGUGGAAGAGACGUCAGCAGCUGGCCGGCAACGGGGGACCCACCGAGGGGGGACUGGAUGUCUUGCAGUCCUGGUGUGAAAAGCUAGCGGACCUGAUCUGGCAGAACCGGCAGCAGAUCCGGCGGGCCGAACACCUGACCCAGCAGCUACCGCUGCCUGGCCCAAUGGAGGAGCUGCUCACCAAGCUCAACUCUGACAUCACCGACAUCAUCUCCGCUCUCGUCACCAGUACGUUUAUCAUCGAGAAGCAGCCGCCCCAGGUGCUGAAGACCCAGACUAAGUUUGCGGCUACUGUGCGCCUACUGGUGGGCGGGAAGCUCAACGUGCACAUGAACCCCCCGCAGGUCAAGGCAGUCAUCGUCAGCGAGCAGCAGGCCAAGGCCCUUCUCAAGAAUGAGAGCACCCGCAAUGAUAGCAGUGGAGAAAUUCUCAACAACAACUGUGUGAUGGAAUACCACCGGACCACAGGAACCCUGAGUGCUCACUUCAGGAACAUGUCCCUGAAGCGGAUCAAACGGUCGGACCGUCGCGGGGCAGAGUCGGUCACAGAGGAGAAGUUCACUGUCAUGUUUGAGUCUCAGUUCAGCGUGGGGGGCAACGAGCUGGUCUUCCAUGUCAAGACGUUAUCUCUCCCCGUGGUGGUGAUAGUACACGGUAGUCAAGACAACAAUGCCACGGCAACGGUCCUGUGGGACAACGCUUUUGCAGAGCCGGGCAGGGUGCCGUUUAUCGUUCCUGACAAGGUGCUGUGGCCGCAGCUGUGUGAAGCCCUAGACAUGAAAUACAAGGCAGAGAUGCACAGUGCCCGCGGCCUCUGCGACGACAACCUGGUCUUCCUGGCCCAGAAGGCAUUCAGCAGCGCCAGCAUAAACCCAGAAGACUACCGCAACAUGACCAUGUCCUGGGCCCAGUUCAACCGGGAGAGUUUGCCGGGGAGGAACUUCACUUUCUGGCAGUGGUUUGACGGAGUCAUGGAGCUCAUGAAGAAACACCUGAAGCCCCACUGGAAUGACGGGGCGAUCUUGGGCUUUGUGAACAAACAGCAGGCCCAGGACAUGCUGAUGUCCAAGCCCAACGGGACCUUCCUGCUCCGCUUCAGUGACUCUGAGAUCGGGGGCAUCACCAUCGCCUGGGUGGCAGAGAACCCUAACAAAGCAGGGGAGAGGCUGGUGUGGAACCUCAUGCCGUACACCACCAAAGACUUUUCCAUCCGCUCACUAGCCGACCGCAUCAGUGACCUCAACCACCUCAUGUUCCUCUAUCCCGACCGGCCCAAGGACGAGGUGUUCUCCAAGUACUACACCCCUCCCCUCUCAAAAGCAGUGGAUGGCUACGUCAAACCACAGAUCAAGCAGGUUGUGCCAGAAUUCACUACUCCCAACCCUGAGCCGUCCAGUGGGAACCCCACCUACAUGGAUCAGGCACCCUCCCCGUCAGUGGCUCACCCCAUCAACUUUGCAAUUUUCCCUCCCAUCAGAAGUGACCCCAUGAUGGACGCAGAUGGAGAGUUUGACCUGGAAGACACCAUGGAUGUGGCCCGACACGUGGAGGAGCUUCUGCGGCGGCCCAUGGCCAACCAGUGGGACGGCCAACAGUCCUGAACUUUCACCUUUGACCCCUGACCCUGCACCCCAACAAGAGCAAGCACCCAGAAAACAUCCAAUGGUUUUGGUUCCAUUGGUUUCUAUUGUCUAUUUUUGUCAAUUCUCAAAGGUUAAAUGUAAUAUUUGACAGUUCUUGGAUUCUUCUCUGAUCUUCUUGACGUGGCAAUUGAUUAUUUAAAAGAAAUAACUAAUUGUACUUGAAGAAAAAGCACAGUAGAAAAGGUUUGUUUGGAAGUAAGUACUGAGAAAAAUGUAGAAAUGUGUGUUACUACAAUAUACAGCAAUAUUUUUACAAAAAUGUUUAGCUAUGCUGCUUAUGGCCAUACUCUGAAAAUGUUUAAAGAGCAGGAAGGCCUGCACACUGUUUUUAUGCUCCCAAUUCACAGCUUUAUUGACCACGUUUCGAUCCGAACAGGAUCUUCAUCAGGUCAAACAGUGCUCACAUCCGAAAAUGUACACAUUUCCCCUCACAUGACCAUGACUCAUGGUGGGUGUGGAAACAAUUCAAUUAACUUUUCUUUUUCUCAUAGUUAAUCAGAGGUACAUGUGGUCAUAAAGGAUUAUAUCCAUACAAAUAGGGCUGAGUUAACCUAGGCAACAUUAAAUAAAGAUUACGUUGGCAAUUGUUGGCAUAUGACCAUUACGCACAGGAGGUGCGGUGGCCGUAGAUAUAAUUACAGUGGCCUAUUUCAAAAACCAACUUGUGUACCUCUAAUAAUUUAGAUAUCAAUGAGAUGGGCACAUGUAGUAGUCUUAGAAUAUAUAAUAUAUACAAAAUGACCAAGUGGAGACCUGGCCGGCAAGACAAAUCGACGUAACAUAUUUAUGUAAAAYAUAGUCUAUCAAACUCUUUGUUCAUAGCUUUAGGAGACAUGGUGGACAAACGGUGAAUCCAAUGCAAAUCUCUUCUCAGUAAUAGAUUAACAGUACCCCCCCCUCCCCUCCCCAGUAGCCUUAACAUGUUCAAUACCCGUGUAUCUCAGAGAGCUGUUGUGACGAGCCUCCGCAAAACGUGCAGCCACAGUUUCUCUGAUCAAGAGUCCUGAUAUUUCUCUUGUGUUCUAUGUUUUCAGAGCUCGUUUUGUUUUUCCUACAUGGCAUAGACCACAAAUGCACUUGAUCAGGUAUACCAUAUAUUUUUUUUGUAUAACACGUGAUACAAUCUUAAUGGCCUUGCCUGUGAUGGGUUGACUGAAAGUUGUGCGUUUGUUCUUAAAGUUACACUGGGUACAUCGGCCACAUCUGUAAUUACUGUCCGGCACGUUAUCUAGGAAGGUGCUACGUGGCAUCGGUGGAAGGGAUGGUUUGGGAGUGAGGCUAGGUCAUGUUUUUCUAACAGUCCCGUGCGUCGUACAGCCAAUCCUCUGGGUAAUGGCAGGAAGUCUAGUGGUUAGAGCGUUGGGCCAGUGACCAAAAGGUUUGCACGAUCGAAUCUCCGCGCCGACGAGCUAAAAAAACUGUCGUUAUGCUCCUGAGCAAGGCGGGUUACGCUGUUCCCCGGGCUCRGAAGACGUGGAUGUCGAUUUUAAGUGUGAUUUUUAAAUGCGGUAGACACGUUUCAGUUGAAGGCAUUCAGUUGUACAACUGACUAGGUGUCCCCCUUUCCCUGUUUGACGCGUUCAUCCAGAUAGUGCACUUGAUUGUACUACAGAUCAUGGGUGAUAGGGAGGCUCUUUCUCAGGGAAAGGUACCUUUACUCUUCAGGUUGGUAUCGUCAAAGAGAGGUGCUACAGUCAAAGUAGACGGCAUUUCUUGAAAUGCUCAGUGCUGCAUUUGUUUCUGUUGGUUUGGAAUGUAACAAUUAAGUGAUUUGAAUCUUGCGUCUCUACACCGUUAAAUUCAACAUCAACGUAACAAAAUUGGCAUUCAGAAUUAAUUAAAAUGUUUGAAGUGAAUUCCACCAUUGAGUAUUUGAAAUACGAUAGUACAGUAUUUUGACCUUUUGCAUCCUCAAAAUGGGGCCCUUGGUUUGAAACGCCAUGUGCUCUGUACAUUCUGCCUCACAUUACAUGCAUAAUACAUGUACAGUAUCUUCUGCCUUUGAAUGCCAAGUUUACUAGCCUUAAUUCAAACUCUUGCUUCUUAUUACACUGAACUAGUUUCACUUAGUGUAUCAGUUUAUUUUUCUAAACAAAUUAACUGGUAACUUAACUAUUGAAUUGCUACUCAAAUUCAUUAGACUACAUUAGAAACUCAGCGAUAACCAAUGACCUGCUCUCUUUUUUUCUUGAUUAAUUUAGUAUGAAUUAAAAACAAAAAAUGUACCUUUU